CCUUUAAGCCCUUACUCCAGGCUAUUGAUAGAGAUAUUCAAGGUAUACUCUCCUACAAUCAGACAUUCAAAUCUAUAGCCUAUACAGAUAACUUUACAAUAGAGGUUAGGAGCUCAUCAGACUGGCUGGAGAUACAUAGACUGUUUGACUUAUAUGAAAAAGCUUCAAGUGCAAGAAUUAACAACCAGAAAACACAAAUUGUUCCACUAACAAUAAUG